AUGGCAUCAGCCUCUACAGCCUUCUUCGGUUACAUUAAAAUCGAAGACAGCCCCGAACCAGAGGUACUCGCCGCUGAACCUACAACGCUUCCUGUCAAGCUACCGGCACCUAUCAAAACCAGAGAUCCGGAAAACUUCCUGAAACGAUGCUCAGGUCUUUCCAAGAAGACAAAUCACCGAUGCGGCGUUGUUAUUGGGAAGAAGUCGCAAAAGGACGCUCAUCCUACAUUCCUGCCUACGUGCAGCUCUCACCGUGAUCAGCAAAGCCUUGCUGGAUGGUGCCAGUUCAUGUGCUCGGAUGGAGAGAGGUGCGGGAGGCUUUUCAGAUGGCGGCCGCCAUACUUUGAGCUUUGUGAUGAUCACCAAGGUCAUCCAGAUACGCCCUGUUACUUCUUCGAGCAGCUGCCACUUGAGCUGCGACACGAAGUCUACCGCUAUCUACUGCCUACUGAAUCAAUUGGCUCUUCAACAGCUGCUGUCCAUCGAGAAAUUGACGAGGACCCUUUCUCAACCCGCAUGCUCAACUCUCGUACGAAUAAUCGCUUUCUGCAGCAAUCACCGCCAUCCGUGUCUUCGGGUCUUGCACCACCACUCGUAGCUGCAUUCCCCAUGCGACUCACAGACCUCCUUCUUGUAUCCCGUCAAAUUCACGACGAAGUAAAAGACCUGCUCUUCAGCAUUGUCACUUUCAAGAUUGAUGUCCGCAAAGACGGUGCGUUCAUGUGUGGUCGUCGACUGUUGGAACCAAAACGGGCAGAUGGAUCUUCGCAUAUGAUGGCGGAAGAGGCCGACAAAGCAAAAAAGAAGUUUCUGACAAGCUUUGCUUGGGCAUCUGUAAAGAAUUACACUGUGGAUAUCUUACUGGAGAAUUGGGGUGAUGCGUAUCCUCGCAUCAAUCACGGUCUCAACCCUCCUUGGGAUGAGGAGGUCGAAAUCUACGACAUCAGAGAUUACGUCUCUGUGGUCGUCUCCGGCAUUUUGGCCAAAUCGAAAAAGCUCUUCAAGCUACAAGUCCGACUUGGGCUAGAUGAUUUCCAGUGGGACGAGUAUGAGAUUCUGUCAAACGCCAAAUUGUUGUUUAGCCCGUUCGAGCGAUUACGAAAUGUACGACAGCCGAGUAUUGGUGGCGUAUUCGAUGGACGACCGAAUAAUAACUCGGUGUACUCUGUGAUACCGGGCACUUCUCAGAUCUAUUCUGCGCCAACAGGUCACUACGAGAACUGCUGCUCAGUGCCCUCGAUGCCUACCAACAAACCAAUGCUAGUAGCCGGUAUGCCAGCUUUUGAUGCUUAUGCCGCCGAAUGGAAGCACCAAAUCUCCUCAGAGAGCUCCAAUGCCAUCACGGAGGAACCGCCUAUUCGGAAAAUGUUUACCGAAUUCCGCAACUUUUAUAGUGAACUGGCCACCUACGUACCGGAUGUAACGUUUAGGAAUGGAAGGCAUACUUUCUUGCAUCGAGCGAGGGUGGCGCGCGAACAGGAAGAUGUCGUAGCAUUCCGUGGUAUAAGAAAUGAGCUGAUUCACUACUGGGAGGCUUACAAAGCUGAUGAAGAGCGGAAGAAGCGGGAAAUGGACAAACGCUUGGGAAAGCUCCUCGAGAGCGACAUGUAUCCUUCGCACGAAUGGGAAGAUGCGAGUCCAACACGACCUCAGUCGCCAUUUGGUCAAACCGCGCAGUCUCCCGUGCUCUUGGACCCUGAUAGGAUGGCUCAAGAGGGUAUCCCUAUGACGGGAAACUCUGGCGAAUCGAGACCGUAUAUAUCGGACCAGAGGUCAGUUCAACUGUCGCAAAACCUACAGAGUCGCCAACAAGAGGCGCAAAGACAAUACGCGAUGCGCCUGCAGCAGCAGCAGCCGUUGGGCAACCUUGCCGCGAGCAACAUGGCCGCGCGCCAAGGACAACAACAGUGCAUAAUGAGAGUCCAACAACCACAACAACAGUCACAAAACCAUACUUCUCCUCUCCCCUCUCCCUCUCCUCCUUUUCCUACCCAACAGCGACACACGACCAAUGGAUCGACGAGCGUCCCAAGAAAAGGCCAUCCCACACUCUCAGACUACGCUUUCCAACACCAACAGGUCCUUCGAGCCCAGGCGCAAGCCCAGGCGCAAGCCCAACAACAAGCAUAUCAGCAGCUCCAUCCACGCCUGACAGGAAAACAGCAAUACCAAGCCAGACAACACGCUCUCUUCCAACAAUCCCGCCACUGCCUCGCCAGACUGACUAGACUAAAGAAGGAAGAAGGCACGAUUCGUCAACAAGCAAACCAAGUCCUAUCUUCCUUGCGCACGAAGCAGAAUCCUGCAGACGCGGCUAAACUACAGCACAACUACAAGUUACAGGCCCAUGGAAUGACGCUGGCUGUGCUGGAAGCACAGAGGAAGUAUGAUGAGGUUGAGGGGGAAAGAAGGAUUCUGGAAAAGUGCUUAUCGAGGACAACGAACAUGGUGGCGAUGAGAACUCAGAUGAAUACCAUGAUGGAGGUAGGUGCGAGGAAAGAUCAAGUACUACUGGAUACAAGUGAAUUUCUCCAGAGGAAGGCGGAUAAAGACUCGUUGGGGUUGAAGGAAGAGGACAAGGGAGAUGGGGAGGACGGUUCAAAUGUUUUGUUUGACAAUGAAGAUUUGUACUCUGAUCCGUUCCACGAUGAACUUUCUGCACGGCGGAUAAAAGAGGAGGAGGAGGAGGGGGCGGAGCGUGGGAAGAGGGGGCGCGAGUGCGAUUCUGCGGGUACUACUACUACUACCACCGUCGACACUACGACUCAAACCCCCGAAUCCUACAUGCGACACAAAAGGUCAAGCAGCCCGCGCAUGGCUGAAGAGAGUCUGGGCGCAGCACAAGGGGGAGUAGAAGUAGAUGUAGGUGUGCCAGGACCGUCUGCGACCAAGAAACGGAGGAUCGACUCGGGGUACUAUGAGACAAUGGAAUGUAACAUCGACUCGAGCUCGAACGACGAGCGGAGACAAGAAUCUGAAGAUAGGUUGAGGGCGUCGCAACUGCAGAUACAGCGUGAGUGGAAAGGCCCGUCCUAUAUGGGGAAAGGGAAGGGCAAGAUGCAAGGUAAUGGCGAUGCUGAGAUUGCGUCUAGCCGGGAUUGA